AUGUCGACGACAAGCUCCAAUAUUAUCCCACAAACAUCAUCACCACCACCAUCACCAUCACCAUCACCAUCACCACAAAAUCCUGUCUCUCCUCCUAUAACAAUCGUUCUAACUGUGGUUCUCCUAGUUUUCUUCUUUAUGGGGUUCUUCUCAAUAUACUUCUGCAAGUGUUUCAUUCAAAAUCUCAUUAACAUAUGGCAAUUCCGGCGAAACCCUUCAGGCAUUAUCGCGGUCACGAAUGCUCCAGCAAAUCCAGGCCUUGAUCCUUCAUUGAUACAGUCAUUUCCAACCUUCACAUAUUCGACAGUAAAAGACUUUCGACGCGAGAAGUAUGGGUUUGAAUGUGCAAUUUGCUUAGCAGAGUUCGAAGACGAUGAUCUCCUUCGCCUUCUAACAGUUUGUUACCAUGUUUUCCAUCAAGAAUGCAUUGAUUUGUGGCUUGAAUCUCACAAAACAUGCCCAGUCUGUCGCAGAGAUCUUGAUCUGCCUAAAGAGUCGUUAGAAAAAUCGCCACCGCCCGCACAUGAUCAUCAGAAUGGCUCAACACAUUCAGAUUCAAUCAGCAUUUCCAUUAAAGAUGAUGAUGUUGAGGAAAUUAACAGAGGAGAUGGUGAUCAGUUUGCUCAAAAUGGGAUGAAACGCAGCGAAAGAGGCGCAAAGAUUGACAGAUUUCCGAGGUCUCAUUCGACGGGGCAUUCAGUAGGUAGGACUAAAGUAAAAGAAGAAGAAGAAGAAGAGGAAGAUAGGCAUAGAUUGAGAUUACAAGAGCAUGUAAAGAUUGAAAUUACUAGAGGACAACAUCAUUCAACCGUAAGUUGCAUUACAUUUGGAGAAAUCUCAGACCAUAAAAAUGGGGGUUUUGGAGAGAGAUCAGGCUUUUCAGUUGGUGACAUCAAUAAAGUAUAA